UGGAGUGACGUCUGUCUGACACGCAUUGUCUUGUUGACAUCCAGUUUCACACCAAUGGAUGAGGACAUCAUCAACUGAGGAUUGGUCUCUAUACAGGAGAAGUAGAUUGUUUGACUGCAUAACGGGCUGAUUAAUUUCUGCGUUUGGGAAUAAGAAAUCAUUGGAGUUUCUGGCCUAGGAAAACUGGCCAUUGUCGUUGCGAUAUGCCUAUAUAUAUAUAUAUAUAUCACUCUUAUCUUUAAUUUCAGCACAAGUUUUAUUUUCCUCCUAAAUUGAGGGGACCCUCAUCAAGAUAGAGAGUAGUCAUUAGCUUCGAAUUCUCUUUCUGUUAGGACAUGUGAGAAUGAGAACGUGUUCCUUAUGUGUUUGGAUUCGCGUUUGGAGUCGGCCUUUUUUCAUUAACUGGAUCUGUCGCGAAAUAUCAUUCUUUGUGUUUGUUUGUGUUUGCUUUUGUUAGAUUAUUAUGCAAACGAUAUUUCUUCUUUUCUAAUGGAAUGAAAUAACUGGAAUAAAUCAACCGUUAUAGAUGGAUUCUCUUAGAAUGAUACAGGAUAGGAACACCGGAGUAUGAGCAUAAAGACACAAAUUGGUAUGGACGAAGCUUUCUUCAGCUUAACUUGAUAAACUGCAAAUCGAAUUAUCGGGAAACUUACAGCUGGGGAAAAUAAAAUUUCAGUCAUUUUCAAUCGAAACAAUUCGUGUAGAUCACAGUUGAGCGAAGAUGAAUCCUGAACAGUUAUGGACCGGUGUCCUCAUGGCGGUAACACCUUUCUUGCUGUUUGGUCUCGGUGGAUGUUACAACAUCGAUACGACAUCGCCUCUCAUUUUCACCGAUCACCACGCCGACAGCCGUUUCGGGCAAGCCCUCACCCUACAUCAGCAUGGCUCUGAAACUAUGUUGGUUGUAGGUGCUCCCAAAGGACAAUGCAAUUAUACUGACAUCGUGAGAGGGGGUGUGGCCUACAAAUGCUCCUUCACCAAUCACAACGCAUCAUUGGCUGGUAAUUGCACAGAGUUACAAUUGGAUAAUCGAGGUAAUGACUACUCAGGUCUUACUGGUCGACAGAUCUAUAAUAAAUCAGACCAGUGGUUAGGAGCCUCUAUGUCUAGCGGAGGACCAAACGGCUCACUUGUGAUUUGUCGGCCGCGUUACCGGUACUAUUUUUACAAGAGCUAUGGGGCACAGCAACAGCAGCGGGACCUGUUGGGCGGGUGCUUUGUACUUACUCAGGAAAACUUUGAUACGCCUAACAUCCUCCUACCCUGUAUUACUGGAGGUGACAGACGUUGCCAGUUUGGAUUCAGUGUAGAUGCGAAGAAGGAUCACAUUGUUUAUGGAGCUGUUGGACUUGGUAGACAGGAAGGUCAGUUUUGGAGGAGUGACAGCAAUGGGGAGGAGAGGCAGAAGAGACCAACCAAAAAGGUUGGUGGGACCAAGGAUUACACCUAUAUGGGCUACGCGGUGACUUCUGGUGAUUUUAAAGGGGAUUCGGACCCUGAGUACGCUAUAUCAGUGCCUAGACACAAACAAGCUUUUGGCAAGGUUGUUUUAUAUGACAGUGAUCUUAACGAGUACAAUGCUUUAGAGAAUGGUGACAUGGGGUCAUAUUUCGGGCAUACACUCGUCACUUCCGACCUUAAUAAUGACGGGUAUGAUGAUCUAAUGGUUGGCGCCCCUUUUUUCACUGAUUCUUUCUCUACCAACGGUUCGUUGUGGGAGUUAGGAAAAGUUUUCAUUUAUUACAAUGACAGAAAUUUGUAG